CAAGGUAACAACUCUCUCUUGACGUCGACCAGGACUGCAGCGUUCCCCUUUUAUGACUCUUCCAGCUGAACUGACUUCCCUCAUUCUCUCCGACCUCUGGGCCAUCCAAUCUUCUACUGAUGAACACACCCAAACUUUCGCAAAUUGCUCUCUUGUAUCCAAACAAUGGACAGCUAUCAUGAAGGAGGUGAAUUCCACCCACACCGUCAUUCCCUUCUCCUAUAAUGCAGGUCAACUGUAUACUAUCCGGUCCAUGUCUUCAAUGUCCAAUCCACUGCUCUGCCGUACCAUAACACUCAGGGUGGAUUAUGUGAUCAUGCCCCAGCUCCUUCUGAAGGCUAGAUGCAGUCCCUCCAUUGCGGCUAACAAUGGAAUAGAGUUGAUUCUUCGGAAGCUAUUCUAUGGCCCGAAUGCACCUCGAAAUGCUACCCAUAUUUACAUAGAUUAUCUCGACGAUCCCCAGGUCCACAUCCCUCUCUUCUGGAUUCCUCGACAGAUCGCAAAGCUGACUAUCAUAUACCACUACCGACGCUGGGUGCCCUUUGGUUUCCGAGACGAAUGCCCCUUUCGUUGUCAAUGCAAUCAUCCAAUGGUUGACCGGGGAGUCAGACAGCUCUGUAUUAUGGGAUCCACGUCAGUGAUAGCCCACCGACUCAUAACCCCUCUCACGGAAUGGAAAUGUCUAACUUCGCUGAUUACCGCUGUCCGAGUUAGUCCAGCUGCUAUUCCGGUCCCCUUGCGAGACUCCUUGACGCAGACGAGCUAUGAUUAUAGAAGACAGUAUGUAGGGCCGGAAUUUGCCCCUCGUGUUAUGUUUGGCGAACGGUUGGACUGGUCGUCUUUUCAAACGAGCAAGUGGUACCCAAUUGACUUAAGUUACUACAAAUACUAUAUUCCCAUGCUAGAACAGGUCAUUCCACUGGGCUCUGUGGGAUACAUUGAUCCUUUAACCAGGAAGUUCGUCGUAUUGUUCAAUGCCAUCGAUCCUACGACGUCGAAUGACCUACGAAUUCCUUCCAUCCCGUCUAUCCUCGAGAUGGGUGGGACAAAAGUGAUUGAGGAUCCCUGGUAUUCCUCGGCGUGGGAUUAUGCGUAUAACAAGUUCGAUAUCCUGCACAAGCUUGGAGCUUGGACCAAGGGAAGAUCAGUAUACAGUAUCCCUCUGGGACUUGACAUGGAUAAGACGCUCUGUCUCGGUCUUGGACGUGCAUUUCGUCGGGACUUUGAAGGCAACCAGUUCAAGAAUUGGUUGACCGAGCACCGACAAAUCAUUAUGGACGUGUUUGGAGACGACCAUCCCUAUAUCCGAAAGCGCGUAGACCUUGUGACAACCACGGUAGACUCUUCGCAAUAUGUUUGGUUUGCCCAUCUCGGACACAAGCUACACGUGGAGACCGGAAGCAGCGAAGAGGCAUUGCGUAAGCCUGGAAGACUAUGGGGGGAGGUCAAAGUACCUCAGCGUUAUACUCAUCCCACACAGGUUUUAGUUUCAUGGGAGCACAUCUCCACCGUAGGCCAGACACCAAUGACUGUCAAGAUUCGUUGCUAUUCUGUCGUGUAGUUCCAGGGUGAACAAUGAUUUCUGAGAGAAAGUCGAUCUGUGCCGAUACCCAUGAACGAAAACGGUUUAUCCUCUUUUGCUACUUCUGUAUUUAUAUCCUCCAGCUGUAUUCAAUUACUUAAUUGCUUCAAUUAUUUUGCUCUAUUAGCCAACUAGCGCGCGCUUGUUGGGC